GGCAUAUUGCAUCUGACUGUGUGCCAAGAACCAAGUAGAAGAAGAAGAAGAUAAUCGGGAGAUUGCGUUCCACGCAUCGCAAGCGUUCUUCCGACCGAGGUCCUUCAUCAAUCCAGGCAGAUAACGUCAUUAAUUACAUUAUUCUUCGUCAUUCCACAAGAAGCAAGUAUUUUUCGUUAUUUUUGGGGAAAUGCGCAUAAUUGACGAAGGGCAACGAAAUACGCGUUUAUGGUACAUAGUAAGGAACCACUUCUAGUGAACGCAGAGCAGCGGAAGGUGUCAGCCGUUGUGCCGAGCGAAGAAGUACAGAACGUUCGUGACCUGGAACCACCAAUGAUCGAUGUGAACCCAUGGCAUCGCUAUCCAAUCGUCGCCGUCAACUUGUUCAUCCUCCUCUGUUCAGGAAUGGCAGUCGCCUUGGCCGUGUACUCCCUGUUCAUUCGUUGGGACGAAAUCCAUUACGUGACUCCAGUGAUCACAAUGCUUGUGAAUAUCGAGAUCCCAGUCAUUCUGGUCGGCGUCGUUGCCUUCGUCAUCAGCUGCAUGGGAUUCGUCGGAGCACUGAGGGAGCACAUCAAGUUGCUCGAGUACUACUCCUACGCCCUCUGUGUCCUGAUGACGCUCGACAUUGUCUUUACGGCGCUCGUUUUGGUUGGACCCAUAUUAAACAAGAAUUCUGUCAAGAGCAUCUUGACCAUCGAUCUCAUAAAGCACUACCGAGACAAUGAUGACUUCCAGCGCCUUGUCGACCACGUGCAGUUCAGCUACGAGUGCUGCGGCGUCACCGUAGACUCCUACAGGGACUGGAACUACAACAUGUACUUCAACUGCAGCAAUGACAACCUCAGCUCCGAGCGGUGCAGCGUCCCGCCGUCCUGCUGUCGCCAUGAUGACAAGAUUGUCACCCUGGAGGCUAUGUUAGCGCAGCGAUUCUGCGGGCAACGGGUUCUACUCAUGACGGAACAAGAGGCUUGGACGAAAGUCUACACCAGGAGCUGCACCAACGCUAUAUUGGCCAGGAUGCGCAGCUAUUCGUGGUCACUAGCUCUCUUCUGCAUCGCCUCCUUCAUCUUCCUCCUGGUCCUUAGCCUGUUGACGGAACGAGUGCACGAAGAUCUGCUGUUGCUGACGGAAUUCUACGAAAAGUACAAAGAUCAAGUCGAAAAGGGCGAGGACACUCAGGGGGCGCUCGAUAAUGUUCCAAAGGGCUGUGUCGUAGUGUUCCCGAAGAAGGCUCGGAUUGAGGAAAAGAGCAAAAAAUACAACGAACCAGUAUUGGUGUCGGAAGCUCCAAAGCUGGCGUUGCCGCCGCCUUACAGUCCACGAGACAACUAUGGCGUCCCUCCAGGCAGUACCCGUUUCCGUAAGGAAGAUGAGUUCAUGCUUCAAGGAGGACGCUGACGAUGCUAUGAUGUGCAAAACAAUGUUGUCCACUUUUGUGUUACGAAUAUUUGCGGGAUAUUGAAGUGAAGAAAGUUAAAAUCGGGGCAGGUUGGUGACUCAUUUUAAAAUCAAUAAAACACAAGUGCUGGGUAAAAAAGAGACAAUGACGGUGCGAGUAAAGACAAACAACGACUGCCACUGAACUACCAACCAUAGGUUUAUCCCAUCAAAUCAGGACCUUUUAUACUCUACUCUCCUCCUCUUCUCGUGCCGGUGUUUUCACGUGUAUAACCGGAAACUUCGUUCCCGAUAUGAAGUUAUCAACUUUCUUAGAUCUUUCUUAGAUAAAUGUAUUGAAUGCUUACUUACGCAAUUCCCCCCUAAUCCUUUGAUUUCUUUCGCUUCCAUAAACAACAGGGCUCCUUGUUUUCUACUUUUAAACAGUACUGUAGCAUUUUUAAAUAGUGGCUCACAUCCUUCACAAAUUUUUCGUAUUCUCCCGCAAUGUACUAUAGUGAAGUGGUAUAGAAUAAGCUACAGGUAAAAAGAGCAUUUCCUUACGUUUGGGGAAUAAGUAACAGAGCGAAGUGGACAGCCAGACAGCUCGGAUCAUCCUCCUUUGCUCAUCUGAGUAUAGGUGACACUGACGGGACUGACGUCUGAUGACUGACGAGCCUAUGGAAACAACACAACAACAGUACAGUCAGUAACGAUAAAUCAGAAUCACCAGAGUGAGACCCCUAGAAAUAAACGUUCAUUUGAGUCUUUU